AUGCUGGGCGCGCGGCGGGCCGUGCUGGCGGGGCUGGCGCGCGCCGGGGAGCGGGGCCCGGGCCCGGGACGAGGCUGCGGCGCGCGCCGCCUGCUGCUGCCCUCCGGCGGAGCCGCGCGGGGACACGAGCCGGGCUGGAAGGAGGCGCUGUCGGCCGCCGUGGGCGCUCUGCAGGCCGGCGGGCUGGUGGCGGUGCCGACCGACACGGUGUACGGCGUGGCGUGCCUGGCGCAGGACUCGGCCGCCGUGCGGAGCAUCUACAGCCUGAAGGGGCGGGACGGCGGGAAGCCGCUGGCCAUCUGCCUCGGGGACGUGGAGCGGCUCUACAGGUUCUGCCACGUGGACGUGCCGGAUGAGCUGUUGCAGGACCUGCUCCCAGGACCAGUCACCCUGGUCUUCAAACGCUCAGAAGAACUAAAUAAAGACUUGAAUCCUUUCACAUCGCUGGUCGGUGUUCGUAUUCCAGACCACCCUUUUGUGAGGGAGCUGGCACGAGCUUGCAGUGGACCACUGGCUUUAACGAGUGCCAACAUCAGCUGCCAGGCAAGCACGCUGACUGUCUCGGAAUUCCAAGACCUGUGGCCUCAGUUGUCCUUAGUUAUCGAUGGAGGUCCAAUAGGGGAUGUCCAGAGCCCAGAGUGUCGCUUGGGCUCAACUGUGGUUGACUUAUCUGUGUCAGGGAGAUUCACCAUCCUUCGUCCUGGCUGUGCUCUGACAUCAACAGUUGAGAUCCUGCAGGAGAAGUAUGGCUUGAUUCCAGAAUCAUCUUAAGACCUGAGACCCCAGGGAGGCUCUGCAGAGCUGCUGGAGCUGGGCACCAUGUGCCUGCACCUUCAGGAAGGGAGAGUUCCUGACUUUGUUUAAUAAGGUCAAUGGGUUAUGUCAAGGUAAACAGAAGAGAAAAUGAUGAAGAACAGCAACAAGGGCAGAUGAGUGUCUGUUAAUUAGUGUCAAACCUGCUGUAGUCUUGAGAAACCACCCCAGCUGUGUCUGCUGACCUCUUCAUGCUCCUGAACCAUUCCCACAUGCUGCCUGUUUUAUUAAGCCUUUGAAAUGCAGCAAUUUGAACACUGGGCUGUUCUCAGGAUGGGCUGAUGAUGGUGGUGUCUGAUCCACCCCCCUCCCUUUAACAUUUGCUCCCUGUCUCUUGUUGAUUGUGUCUGUCCUGGAAGAAAAAGCAAAGAUGGAAAAGAGGUUUUUUGAGCUGUUACCAUGUUACAGCUGUGGUGUUCUCUGUCUGGUUUUCUCUGUUCCAAAUGUAAUCAAAACACUACUCCAGAGAGGAAACUGUAAGUGCUUUGGACAAUUAAUGGUGUCCCAAUGAUCUGUGUCUUGACAAGAGCUGCUCAGACAGACCUGGCCCCCUUGUAACACAGACAAGGAGAACAAGCUCUCUGUGUGCUGACCUUCGUUAUUUAUUUCUGAACUUCCCUCUUGAUUUUGUUCUGCAAAUAGUGAUAAGCUGAAGUAAACAGGGAAUGGAUGAAAGCUUCUGCUGGUGUUCUUCACUGAGAAGUACAAAGUUUUAUAUAUGAGGAGCUGCUGUCAAUUUAAAGCUAGUGAGCAUCUUGCACUGUUUUGUUACAAAUGCAUUGCAGUUGGGUGAGUCUGUUAAGCACAAACAUUCCAGGUAAGAAAACUAUUGUUAGAUGGACAGGGAACAAAUUGCUGCAAAUUAGAAGCAGGUGGCCAGGCCACCCCAGCAACCCUGAGCUUCCUUUGCUUCACCUGGCUGAAGCUCGUGGUGACUCACAGCCCUGGAAGCUUCUAGCAGCAUUUUCUCCCAGCAGCCACUCGUGUGGAGUCGUGGUCUGCAGGAGGAGCACAGGUAAGGCUUAAUGAGCCACAGAGACUGAAUUUUGCCUUUGAGAGCUUGCUGUGGUUUUUGGCUGGGUUGAAUGUGUGCAGGGACUAACAGAGUGCUGGGGGUCAGGCUGGUAGCAGUGCUUCUGGUGGGACAUGAGUGGAAAGGGGUGUUGGGAGAGUGGCCUGGUGCUGGCUGCUGUGCAGAAAUUUGCUGUCACUGUUUCCCCUCUGAGCUCAAUCCCUCUAAACUGUCCAUGGCAUUUAAUUUGUGAACUGGCAGGUGAAGGAGCUGAAGGCAGGGCACAACCACCUAAAUAAAAAUCAUUU